AUGCCAUGGUACUCUGUUCAGGCUGAAUUCUCUGAUCCCACCACAACUUCAUGCAUACUGGAUGCAUGUCUCCGAGGUGUAACAGCAGCGGCCGCAUCCGCUACCCGACCAUCGCUUAUCUCGGUCCCGCGGAGACCGAUUGUCAUCGACAAUUGGGCUGUCUGGUAG